GUGGCAAAUUGGCAACAACAUUCGAUUUGACAGUUAUGACAGUUCUGUGACAGUUGGUACAGGGAACGAGCAUUGAUGUCGCUCAUGCGGCGCCAGAUGAUUUCUUGCAAAUACCGCAUAACGUCGAUUAGAAAACAAUUGCAAAUAAGAUACGAAGCUUCCAGCUUUUGCUUAACUGAGGUGUGCAUAAGUGAAAAACAAAUGAGUCAAAAUACACAAUGCAGCAGAUUCUCACAAAAGCAUUUGACAACAUCCCAUUCGACGGAGCUGUGACCGCUACCUAACAGCUGUCAAACGUUUGGAACAAACAUCUGUGAAAGAAGAAGACCAAGAAGUAUCAUCAACAUAAACACUUUGGCUGUGCGGGAAAUACAUGUUUCCUACGAUCCGAUGAAAAUUCGACGAACUUUGUGCGUUGCAACAUGGCUAGCCUAGUACAGCAGGAAACGCCGUGUGGUGUAGCAUCCGCCAUCUGGAAUAUAAUUACCAGUGCCCAGGGAGAAGAAAUCGAACAGACGAAGUUAGUUGAGCAGCUCGCCGAUGUGCUCGAAGAUACGGAAUUGGCGGAACGGCACGUCCAGGCGGCCAUUUCCGACGAGCUAAUAGUGGAGUGCGCCCGACCAAAGCACCGCGGAAGACAGAGACUAACUCCCACGUACACAGUGCCGGCAAACUGGCAAACGUACGCCAUCCCGGACGGACAGCCGGACAAAUAUUGCUACGAGUGCCACCAGGUUGGCAGUGUGGUGAAAUGUGCCGGCUGCGUCCGAAGCUUACACGAGGGCUGCCAGAAAACGGGCGACGAGCGGCAGCUCGAGCUGGAGCAGUAUUUGUUGAAGCAGAGGCACAUUACGGUGUCGGCAGUCAAGGCGCGGACGGCGCGGGGCAGGCAAAGGCGGUCCUCGGCCGCAUCGCUUGCGGUCACAGAAGAGAGCACCGUCUCGUCGAUGGACCUGUCGGCGGCUCAAGGCUCCGUCGAACACGCUGACAGUACGGGGCUCGGGCAGCACGGUUCGGCGGACGAUUCGGUGGACGUGAUUGUGGGCGAAUCGCUUGCCGACCGGAUAAAGCACGAAUCCGACGACACGUGCAGCAGCAUCAAGCGGGAAGAGAACGUGAAGGAGGAAGGCUUGCCGACCGUCGACGACGCAAUGUUUGUGGGUAUGGUGCGACCGCCCAACCGGCGCCUGGAGAGAAGCCUCAACACACCAACGGUCAAGCCGGAAGUGUCGGACAGGGAAGGUAGUGCGGGCAGGGAUGGCAGUGAUAAUAGCAGUCAAGCGGCUAGUGACACGAUCGCGCCCCGUUACUGCUACGCCUGUGAACUGCUGCGGCAUAGCUCCAAUCAGGCACCUUCCAGCAUUGAAAAGAGCGAGCUGAAUUAUCUUUUAAAGUUUGUAGUCGAACAAUAUAAAUCUUGGAUUCCAAAGGAUACAUUUUCAACCUCCAAGUUCUUGAGGGAUACCGCUCGCCAAACGCCCGUGGUGACGCGCAAGACCAUUGAUAUUUGCCGCAAGAUGCUGCUGCGCAUUCCCACAUCGUUCGCGGACGUACGGGAAAAGAUCACAAGCGAGCAGUACGCCCGGUUGGAAGAGUUUCACGUUGAUUUGCUGGACAUUGUGCAUAACGUUGCCAUCAUCCAUGGAGAUACUUCGACGGCCUACAGUGCUGCGAUGUACUUCCUAGCGGAUUGCGUGUACGAUCUGCGUGAAAUACGCCACUGUUCGGACUGCUAUCGCCACUCGGCCGAGAAAGCCGAACCGGAUUGGUUCGCUCGACCGUGUCGCACCCGGCACGAGCUGGUGUUUGCCAAGCAGUCACGCUUCCAGUACUGGCCGGCGAAGGUCGUGCGGGUGGUAAACAACCUGUACGAUGUGCGGUUCUUCGGCGGAAACCAUCCGCGAGCGCUAAUAGAUGCGGGCUGGGUUAAGCCCAUCGAUACCGAGCUGGGCACGCUCGGUGUGAAGGAUAAGCAUGGAGGCUUUCAGCUAGCGAUGAAGGAAAUGUUGAAAUAUCAGUCACUCGCGGAAGGAUUCAGAGAUCAUUUUGCCUUUACGUCCGUCACGGAGCAGAUGCAGGCAGCGGUGAUUAACAGAACGGUGGAAAGUAUUUUGCCGCCUGAGUUGCGCGAGGGCGCUGGUAGACAGAGUACAUCCUUGGGCGGUAAAUUCACAGCGCGGACCAUGAAGAAGAGACAGCGGAACCAGAGAAACAAGCAGCCCAGUGUGGUGCAUCAGUCUGUACCGCUUGGUGCAGUGAGCCCACCACCGACUGUUGCCAGCACAAAUGGCAGUACUAUAUCGACGCGGUCAAAACGUCGGGAAACGGCCUCCCAUCAGCAUACACCAGCCAAAAAGACACGCUCCAGCACUCAAGCAGUCGCCCAAUCGCCCGAGCAGGAUUCGGUCGAGCUUCCUCUACAGCAGUUGGACUGCGCGCUCGAUGGCAAUCAUAACGGGUACGAUGGUGAGGUAGGCGCUUCCAGCUCUACACGUGUAGCUCGCACGAAGCAGAAUGAAAUUCUACGGUUCCCGGAAAAAUACGACACAUUUCGGCUAAAGCAACUGUUUCAACAAGUAACCAAUCUGGAGGAAACGAAACAGGUCGCUCUAAAGCUGCUGCAGAACAAAGAGCAGCACUUUGCCCGCAAACUGGAAUGGUUGAAGGAAACGCACCAGCACCAAAUAAGUGAAAUUAAGAAAAGGCAAUGGUGCGUGGUGUGUGAAAAGGAAGCCCGAAUUCCGUGCUGCUGGAAUACGUCCUACUGUACGACCGACUGUCGCGAACGGCAUUGGCCAGGGCACCAGCGGCAACACCCGAUCGCGAGCAACAGUAAUCGUUUUUCCUAGUCACACAAACGACAGCGUAUUCUUUGCGCGAGGUCUCUCACGAUCUUCCCGUGGGACUAUCUCUUCAGCGCACCGAAUGACGUGUAGUAUAAUCCGGCAUGUGUUUCUUGAAUUAUUUUGCUUUUCUUUGCAAUGCCUAAAUUGCAUUUUAUUUCUCUGUGUUUAACACGGCCGCUAGUAGCUAGAAUUGAAUUAAUUGUGAUGCUAUUGAAUUUCAUGUUUAGGUUCUGCACGUUUGUGCAAAACAAAUUCAUUAAGAUUGAAUGUGAAGCCCCCGGGGGAUCACGCGGUUACAAGUUUCACAACAUUUCAUUUUAUCGUUUGUUUCCUUUUUCUGCAGCCGUGUUCAGUUUUGAUAGGUUGAUUUUCUAUAGUUGAAAUAAAAUGAAUUAUCUUACGAUUUGAAUUCUACUAAGAAGAAAUAAAAAAAAAAGAAA